AUAGUGAAUAAUAUGGUUUUGCCGGACUAUCGCAGUACUGUUGGUCAUCCAAAGGCUAGACGCGUGCUGCAGACACAUAUAAGAGUCGCGUUCCUGAGCAGCAUAAACUACAAAUCCUAACAACAAUGGCAGCCGUUACGACUUGGCUCAUCACAGGCGCAUCCCGCGGCCUCGGUCUCGAGCUCGUUCGCCAACUCUCCUCGACACCCAACAACGUCGUAAUCGCCGCCUGCCGCAACCCCGCCUCCGCAUCGGAGCUCCAAGCCCUCAACCCCGUGGAAAACGCGGAACUGUAUACCGUCCAACUCGACGUUCUCAGCGAGACGAGCAUCCGCGCGAGCGUCGCGGAGGUCGAGAAGGUGCUGAAGGGGCGCGGGCUCGACUACCUGUACAACAACGCCGGCGUCUGCCCCCGCGACGAGGUGUUCUCCUUCGACUACAGCGAGUUCCUUGCGCUGCUCCAGACGAACGUCGCAGCACCUGCGCUGCUCGGCCAGGUCUACGCCCCGCUCCUCGAGAAAGGGACGAAGAAGACGAUCGUGAACGUCAGCUCGACCUUAGGGAGCAUCGGCACAGACCUCGGUGAGACAACCGCGACGUACAGCGUGAGCAAGACUGCGCUCAACAUGCUGACGUACAAACAAGCGAAGGCCCGCCCGGACUUCAUCGUAAUAUCAGUGUGUCCCGGCUGGGUGAAGACGGACAUGGGCGGCGCGCAGGCAGCCCUGGAGCCCUCGCAGAGCAUCGAGGCUCAGCUGAAGGUGGUGUUGGGCCUAAAGCAGGAGCACUCGGGGAAGUACUACUCAGCCUCGCAAAACGGGAAGGAGCUACCGUGGUGAACGCGUACACACGAGCGCGGGAACUUGUGCUCGUAUGACGGGCAGGAGGUGCCGUGGUAAAGGAGGAGUCGCGCACGUAUGUUAGUGAAACUAUUGACGGAGGAUACGCAGUGCAGCUAGGGUACACUACUAGCAGUGCGAACUUCGUGGGGU